AUGUCUGAUUCGUUCUUCGGCUUUGACGCGUCACUGCCUGGUGAGGACGAUGAUGGCGGCGGUGGCCGGUCUCGGGGAGGUGGACGCAUCCUGGGUGGAGGGCGCGGUAGUGGCGGCCGAGGAUCGGAUUCCGAGGAGGAGUACGAUGCGCUCAACGAUGAAACGUUUGGCCAGGCCCGGGAAGAUGACUGGGAGGAUUUGCACGAGAAUCUCGUACGGCUGGAUCAGCGCGAGGGCGGAGACGGCGAUUCAGGGCCAGACUCCGACCUUGACAUUAACUUCUCCUCGGUUGGGAUCGACAACUUUGAGCUGGAUAACGACACAGAACCGGAAGCCCGGCUUCAGCUCGACCCGAGUGUUUGGACGAUGCCGAGCAAACCGGAAACUCCUCGCCACACCGUACCACCCGUUCCGGCGUCAAUGCCACCAUCGGUUGUCGGCGGCCCAACACCAAUUCCUGGAGCCGAUCGGUUUGGCGGACCAUUGAACCGCUUUCCAAUGCCGAAUCCGGGCAUGCGCAUCUGUUCGCUGGAAGAAAUUGAGCAGAACAUGAUCAAGCAGCAGCAGGAGCAAAUGCGCCGUGGGAUGACACCACUUCCGCGUCCUCCACCCGGGUUUCUGCAGUCAUCCAACGCUACACCGACGGUUCCGCCGACGAAUUCUCUUCCGCCUGCUCAAAUGAUACAUCGUCCGCUACCCAUGCCAAUCGGUUUUCAUUCUCCCGGUAUCAUGGGAGGUGCACCCGGUGGUCAACCACCACCACCCAGUGGUAUGGGACCGCUGUUUCCACCUACGAAUAUGCCGCCACCGAGUGGCGGACAGCUUCAGCCUGGCGGAGGAGUACCACCUUUCCCGUUUCCGAUAAACUUCCAGGGACCGCCAGGAGUUCCUUCACCCUCUGGUCCUAUGUUACCUCCAAACAACAGCAGCAGCAACAACAACAACAAUAAUAAUAACAACGCCAGUUUCAGCCAGCGUUUGGUGGAGGAGAUUCAGCAAAACCAUCCUAUGCUACCGCAUUACAGGCAGCAGCCACCACCGGGUACAUUAGCGCAACCCACGCUGCCGAUAGGAGUUCCACCGCCUGGUCCCGGCCAAAUGCCACCGAUGCCGCCACAUGGUGGUAACUUUAAGCAUCCGUUUAUGGGACACCAUCAUCCCGCGUACCCGCCCAACUGGAACGGACCGCAUCAUCAGCAUCAUGGUAAUCCGCAUCAUCACGGUGGAUAUCAUCAUCCGGGCUAUCCAGGGGGGCAUCAUCACUUUCCACAACAACAACAGCAACAGCAGCAGGGGCAGGGACAGGGCCACCAUCAUUCGCAGCAGCACCAACAGCAGCAGCAAGGAGGUGGUCAUCGGUUGCAUAAUGGCAAGCAGAAUCGCAACUACGAGUACGACGAGUAUGCUAACAUGAUGAGCGAACGAGCUAAACACUGGCUGCUCGGGAUUCAGCUGUCCCAAUUGAACAAGGACACGGCCUAUUACAACGAUUAUUAUUUCUGCGUGAUCCGUGAUCGCAAGGAGCGCGAGCGGGGUGCUGAGCGGGAAAGCAAAGCUCACAAGGACAAUACGUUUUACCAUCCAUUCAGCCAGCAGCAACACUGGAACGGUAUGUCCCGCGAGCGACGUAAUUCGGAAAACUCGUCCUCCACGAAGGACGGCAUCAAGGAGAUCCCGCGACGCUACAAGCUGGUGCAGUUUGAAAACUCGCUCGGCAAGCUGCAGUGCGGUAGCGUAAUCGCUCCGCGCAAAAUCAUCGACCAGGAUGUGGUGGUAGAUCGCUCGGUGGCAGAUGGUGGUUCUGGCGGCACUGGCAACAACAGCGCAGGUGCUGCAUCCAGCAGCUCCGAAUCCGUGCAUAACCAGCGCCGCUCGCGACAGAUUCUGCUGCACGUCGAGAACCUGUACCGCUUGGUGUUGCGCCUCGAAGACAUGUCAAACCAGCUGGCCAUUGAGGCCAAGCAGCAGAUGAAGGAGAAGCGUGCCAAAGAACGACUGCUGGCGCAAGAGAAGCAAGCCAGCGGUGGCACAGAUGAACAGAACAACGUGAACAGUGGAGUGCAGUUGGCGCCCGUUCCGGCCACUCCCGUCUCUGAGGUGGAACAGGACACGAUGGAGAACCUGCACGAUCGGAUACUGCCGGGCGUCAAUGCUGAAGGCGUUUUGCGCCUGCUUUCGGUGCGUAAGGGUAAGCUACUGCUGACACGCAUUCAGAAGGCCCUCGGCGAACAUCCGGCCCGGUGGACUGUCUGGUGCACGGUGCUUUCGACGAUUGUCGUGCUUCCGAAGCGUGACCGUGAAGAUUCGGAGGAUCAACUAAGCCCGUUGUUCAGCGAACUCGAGAUGCACGUAAAGUACGCGCAACCGGCAGAGUUGGUGCCGCUGUUCGAUACACUCCUGAACACGGACCAGCUGCUGCCGCUGGUUCCCCGAUGCAAGUUCCUGUUGCUGACCGUGCUCACGUUGAUCGCACAGAUGGAACAGCUGAUGGCAACGGAUGUCACUCUCCUGCAAGCGGCCACAGUGAACGGUGCCAUCGACAGUGAGGGAGACCGGAGCGCGGAUAUAUCGCCGUGUGGUUCGCCCACGUCGCGAGUCGUCUGGACCCGCUGGAUGGCUUUGCUACGUGAACUCGGACGCGUGUUAGAUGGUGUUCCCGCUGGAACGACGGGUUCCGGCAUCGGCGGUACGAAGCAGCAAAAAGUGCUUCUAAAGCUGGACUCAUCAUGCGGUAAGGUGAAACAGCUGUGGGCGCACCUUCAGCGAUAUCCUGAGCUGGCGCUAGAGCGCAAACUUCGAGCGAUUGUCUCAAUCAUUGAUGCUGGUUCCGGCGGACCAUCGACGUUGGCAACUGAUGGAGCAACCACGCCGGUGGAAACCAGCAAAAAGUAAGCACUCUUUUUCCGACUCAUGCCUCUCUUGUACGGGGUGGGUACGGUGUGUUUGUGGUAUGGAACAAGAUGCAGUUGGCCAAAAUGAUUGAACAUUGGAAAAGAGAAGGGUCAACGCGUGUGUUUGAUUGUGCGAGCGCGUAAGCGUGAAUGAGUAACGACGGUCAAAUGAUGGUAGGGGAAGUUGGCUUCUCUUCCUCAUUUUGAUAUAUCUCGUACAGGAAUCUGCACUGCUUUCGUGCGGACGAAUGCUACGAUGGAAGGAAGGGAAUAGUUUAGCUUUCAUUUAUUUUCUAUCGUUUUAUCCGUAGUGGAAUACUUUUUUCUGUUCUUGUUUCUGUCAUUCAUUCACCUUAUUUUUU